GCAUUUAGCUGUGGAGAAGAAUCGAACGUUGCUCAUUAAACUGUACCCAGAAAUAUCGAAUAUAACCAGAGACAGUCCUCCAAUUGCAUCAUUUAUCAUUCGAGUGGUCUGCUCCGCGGGAGAUCGCAAGUCUUUGAUUCACCCAGAAAUUACAGACAAGAAGCUCAAGAAUAACGACGAUUUUGUUUGGGCAAUUGAGGUUCCAUUAACAGGGAAAUUCAUAAUUGACGUUGAAUUCCUUGAUUUGAAGAUUGUACCUUUAGACGGUGGAGAACCUUGCUCCAUCUGGGCUGAAGGAUCCACGCAAAAGCAAUCAAAUGUGACUGCCCUCGUGUCCCUUGGUAAAAUGUUAUCCGAAGGCAUUCACACCGACAUUGUAAUCAACGCUUCUGAUGGAAGCAUUGGAGCUCACCGUGCAGUUCUCGCUGCACGGUCACCUGUUUUUCGCAGCAUGUUCUCACAUGACCUCAAAGAGAAGGAACUGUCCACCAUAAACAUCUCUGACAUGUCAAGUGAGGCUUGCCAGGCUUUUCUCAAUUACAUAUAUGGGAACAUACAAAACCAAGAAUUUCUGACACACCGACUGGCACUUCUCCGAGCUGCUGACAAGUAUGACAUCUUGGACUUGAAAGAGAUGUGCCAGGAGAGUCUUCUUGAAGAUAUUGAUGCUAGGAAUGUGCUAGAGAGGCUUCAAAAUGCUUCUCUAUAUCAAUUGCCAAAACUAAAGGCGAGUUGCUUGCGUUAUCUUGUGAAGUUUGGUAAGAUAUUCGACAUUCGCGAUGAUUUCAAUUCCUUUAUGCAAUGCGCGGAUAGGGAACUUAUCGCUGAAAUCUUCCACGAAGUCCUCGCUGCCUGGAAAGGUUUCUGAAACAAUGGUUUGUUCUUCUUGUUAGUAUAUUCUUUUUCACGUCUCCAUGAAAAAUGGGUGGUUUGAAGAAUUGUGUUGUGCAUGGGUUGUUUUCCAUGGAAGAACAUUCUUUUAUGUAAAUUGCAAUGUGUUUUGUGUUCAUGUACAAAUAUUGGUUUUAACGGAAAAUAUAUCUUACUGAUUGAUAUAUAUAUAUAUAUAUAUAUUGAUGUAAAUGGUUUUAAGAAGGAAUUGUAAAUUGUAUUAUAUGUAAA